GCCACCUUUGCUCCCACCCUCUUCUUGUGCCACGUGGCAUGCGCACCGCGACAUUUUCCACGGUGCCUGUUUCAUUCGGGCUGUCAGUUGUGCUGCUGCUGUCGGAUCUUUUUUGCAGCCGCCUUGCCGCUGCUGGAGCUGCGCCGCACUGCGAUCGCCCCCUCUGCUGUUCAAGAUCAGUGCGCCAAUGAUCCGCUUGCCGUUAUCCAGAGCUCGGCGCUUAGCACCAGCCAUUGUUUCCUGCCAUCAGAUCGCCUCCAGUCCGAUCUCAUGUCGUAAUCCCGGCGUGUUGUCCCCACCAUCUCUCGCCCAUGUGGGCCAGUUAUUCAUCAGGAAUUUCUCUCCCAUUCGUCACGGGUACUUGUCAUCCCCUGGGGAGGACGGUGAUGGGGCCACAGAGAAGCCGCCGCAGACGAGUGCUUGUCCUCCUCCUGGUGACAACUGCGGCUUCGUCUGCCGUGGCGGCAGUAUGCAAGGAGGCUAUGGCUGCUGCCGCCGUUAUGGGGAUGCGGAGUGGAAAUCGUGGAUUCCCCAGAGUGCUGCACGGGCAGGAAAUGGCGUGAGGCCAGAGGACCGAACGGAAGCCAGGCAUCCCGUUAUUUGUGGUGGUGGUGACGUGUCCUGUUCUCGACGGCCGUCGUCUGUUGCAUCGACGGCAUUCCCCAUGCCAAUCGGAUACCGAGUUUUGUGUGCGGGAUUACGACCUUGGAGCCACCGACAGCGAAUCCAUCGGUCUGGAAGGGACGCUGUGUGGCUGCUGGCAGGAAGGAGAAGGAAGAAUCGAGAGAGAGGCGUUCGGGUUUGGGUACAUCAGAGCAGGGGGCAGUUUCUUGACCAUGAAGAAGGUCAAUAUGGUCUGGCCUGUCGAGCGCGGGCAAUGAGCCACGUGCCCUCCGCUGCCUCCUCCUUCUCCUCCUCCUCGCUGGAUGCUUCUUCAUCACAGUGCCUACAAUCACAGGGCCACGGUAGCAAGUUGGUUCUUGGGAUCGAGACCAGUUGCGACGAGACUGGCGCAGCUGUGGUGUCCGUGGACGGAAGGAUCCUUGGCGAAGCCUUGGCCUCUCAGGCCGAGCUCCAUGCUCAAUGGGGAGGGGUAGUCCCAAAGCUAGCACAAGGAGCACAUGAGGAUGCGAUCGAUUCCGUUGUCCAGUGCGCACUAACUACAGAAGGGGGGGGGAGGAUAGAUCCGUCUGACCUGGCAGCUAUUGCAGUUACGAUUGGUCCUGGUCUAAGUCUUUGCCUCAAAGUUGGUAUACGGAAGGCGAGGGCAUUAGCAAGAGAGCACAAUCUACCUGUCAUCCCGAUCCAUCACAUGGAGGCCCAUGGGCUAGUGGCCAGACUCUGCGAGUGGGAACUGCACUUCCCAUUCCUGACACUCCUCAUCUCGGGGGGUCAUAACCUGCUGCUCCUGGCCCAUGGAGUGGGGCAUUACACCCAACUUGGUACCAGUCUGGAUGAUGCUGUCGGAGAGGCUUAUGACAAAACGGCCAGGCUUUUGGGACUGGAACUCGGCAGGGGUGGGGGACCUGCUCUGGAGGAGGUGGCCCGUGAAGGAGAUCCCUAUAGCUUCAAUUUCUCGGUCCCGAUGCGAAAAUUCAAGAACUGCAACUUCUCUUAUGCAGGUCUGAAGACCGCAGUGCGCUUGGCCAUUGAUGCUGCGUGCCCAGGUGCGGAGACUAGGCCGAUCUCCGCCGCCACUUCUGCGGAGCGCAAGAUCCGCGCCGACAUCGCUGCCUCAUUCCAGAGAAUUGCGGUUUUGCAUCUCGAGGAGAGAACACGGAGGGCGAUCGAGUGGGCGAGAAACAUCGAUCCUGCAGUUGAUUGUUUGGUGGUUGCUGGGGGGGUGGCUGCCAAUCAAGUGGUAAGGCAUCGGUUGGAAGGUGUGGUGAGAGAGGGGAGCCCCAACAGGGAAGCAGCUGAUGGUGGGGUUAUGCGCAUAGCAUUCCCUUCUCCUAGAUUAUGUACUGACAAUGGAGUUAUGGUUGCCUGGGCCGGAGUGGAGCGCUAUCGCCUGGGAUUGAUGGACCCGCCUCCGCCCCCUGUCACAUCAACGGUGGAGGAUGAGCAUUUGGAUAUACGGCCGAGAUGGCCUCUUGGAGAGGGUCCCAAUAAUUACCUGGGAAACAAGCUCGGCCAAGCAGUGAACCAUCUGUGUUGUCACCAACCACAGGCAGGCAGAUCGUCAGUCAUGUCGAUCACUUCCGCAAUGGCAGCUACACUUUCCUCCUCUAUUGCUUCCUCUGGGUGCUUGGAGCUGGACACUGACUCAAUGACAUCAUCAACAGCUUGUUGUUCUCGCAUUGCGUGUGAGUCUGGUUUUGUCACUUGCUGGAGGUCACCGAAGAGGGAUCUGGCCGCCUCUGUUUCGUUUUGUUCGUCUUUCUCUUUCGCAGGCCAACGGCUUUGCAGCAAUAGUUGGAGGAGAGUAGAGGGGUGUCCUCCCUGCUGCAUCGCAGUUGCGAGCCGAGUGAACUCGGACAGGCUUUGCAGCCAGUCGUCCCCAUCGGGUGGACGUAUCACAGGCAAGCUGGUGUCUCUGGCCUCGAGCGAUGGCGCGCAAGUCAUGGACAACAGUUCUCCUUGCACUUCGACGGUGGAGCGCACAAUCGUCGUUGACGUAGAUUUAGGAGACCGUAGUUAUCCCAUCUAUAUUGGCUCUGGGUUGCUGAACCGUGGCGAUUUGCUGCGGAGACAUGUCAAGGGUAAACAGGUUUUGAUCGUCACAAACGACACAGUGGCGCCUAUUUAUCUUGACUGGGUCACUGAAUCGCUUGUGAACGGUGCAGAAGAACCCAUCACUGUGGAAAGUGUUGUUCUUCCCGAUGGCGAGGCAUACAAAUCGCUUGAUGUGUUAAUGAAUGUGUUCGACAAAGCCAUUGAAUGCAGGCUGGAUCGCCGUUGCACACUCAUUGCGCUUGGUGGUGGGGUAAUUGGUGACAUGUGCGGAUUUGCCGCAGGUGUGUAUCUCCGUGGCGUCAACUUCAUUCAAAUUCCCACCACAUUGAUGGCCCAGGUAGAUUCGUCCGUCGGCGGCAAAACGGGGGUGAAUCAUCCGCUUGCUAAGAACAUGAUAGGGGUCUUUUACCAGCCUCAGUGCGUGCUUAUUGAUACAGACACCCUCAGCACACUCCCAGACAGAGAACUUGCUUCUGGAGUUUCGGAGAUCGUGAAGUACGGGCUUAUUCAUGAUCCAGGAUUCUUUCAGUGGCAGGAGGCAAACAUGGAUCAGUUGCUCGCAAGAGAUCCUCUAGCCCUCGCCCAUGCAAUUAAGCGAUCCUGUGAAAUAAAGGCGGAAGUAGUUGAGCUGGAUGAGAGAGAGGGCGGGCUGCGAGCUAUUCUCAACCUAGGCCACACUUUCGGUCAUGCCAUUGAAGCGGGACUCGGCUAUGGGGCUUGGCUUCACGGCGAGGCGGUGGCGGCGGGGAUGACCAUGGCCGCAGACAUGUCGUAUCGCCUCGGCUGGAUUGACAAGGAGCUUGUGGAGCGAGCUGUGGCUCUGCUCGACCAGGCAAACUUGCCAACGCGGCCCCCGAAAGAGAUGACCGUUGAGACAUUUCAGUCUAUCAUGGCAGUGGACAAGAAGGUUGCCAAUGGCCAACUAAGGUUGAUUCUGUUGAAGGGCCCUCUUGGUAGUUGUGUGUUCACCGGAGAUUUUGACAGCUCAAAGCUGGAUGAGACCUUGGAGUAUUUCUGUGCGAAUUCGCAAUGAUGUUCUGCUCGCUCAGGAGAGUAAGCAAAUAAAGGACAUGUGAACCUGGGGGUUCACUGUUGCGCGUUUCCUGAUGUACCCUCUUCGGGGGCUUCAUUUUCACUGGAGGGUAAAGAGGGACUUCAUUUUCACUGGAGGGUCUAAAGUGGUAUUAGACUGCUUCAUAUACUUUGCUAACUUGACGGGUCAUGCACAUACGGUACAAGUCACCUGACCCGAUCAAUAGCUGCUAAUUCGUCGAUCUUCAACAACAACAACAACAAAAAAAAAAAAAAAAAAAAAAAAAAAGUUCCAUGCUUUGUGUCGUGGGUAGGAUCUGUGACAGUGUUCCCUGAUGGAGUAGUUUCGUCAUGAUGGAUAUCACGAGUUUUUCAUCGCGAUGAUUAUCGUGAAUGCAUCAGGCUGCCUUUGCCUUUACAUUCAAGGCAGAGUGAAAUAGGAAUUCUUCUGUUAUCGGAAGGUCUCUGACGAGUCUGAAGCCAGCGAGGCAGAACAAUGUCCAACGUUGGGGAGAAGUCUCCCUUUUCAGGCUUCAUUCACACCAUGGACGACUCCAAUCAUUGUGACUGGUUGAUCCAAAGGAAUUGUGAGUUGAGUUACUUAUGUCUUUAUUCAGGGGAAACUAAGGAGUAGUCACAAAAUCGAGUUAUAAUUGCACUAUGGGCCAAGAUUCAGUUUCGAAUUGCAGUUUGGGCUAUGUAUACAACCCAGCUUUCUGGCCAGGUAGGGUGCACAAAGUGCAAUUGCAAACUGUAUCUUGCCCCAUAGUGCAAUUAUAACUCCUUUUUGUGACUCUACUGAAGUCACCCCCUUUGUUAAUUUACUGUGUCCCUCCAGGAUUGGUAUGGUAAAAGUUUGAUCCUUGUUCUGCCAAUAGACUCUCAGGGACUUCUCUGGGAGUAUCUGGCCGCAAUUAUGUAUAAAAUUCAGUGCCCAUGUUGUUCUGGACGUCGACGAAGUCUCAUUUAUUUGCAUAUUGAUCGCAGACUCGCAGAGUGAUUUACUCAAUGUAGGCCUCUGGCGAAUAUGCCCUUGUUCAUCGAUGAGAUGGUAAAGCUUUGAUACAGGGUGUGACAGGCCCUCGGGGACUUCACUGGGAGUAACUGGGAGCAGUUCAUACCAUAUUUUUUUAAGAGGGGAGGAGUUGAUUUGCGUGAGGCGGAAUCUGUCCAACACAACAGAGAGGAGGUUUAUGGGCAUCACUCCGUUACUCGGCAAAUGUGCAAAAUGAGAGUGAACCUUCCGCAAGAGCAUGGAAAGAUACACCGCCCUAUUUGUUGUCUUUUCUGCAUGUGGUGAGUAGUGGAGCAAGGCCCUGAGAGAGGCUCUUUGGCUGGGGACUGAUAGCAGUCACUCAAGAUACAAAAAGAAAAUUGUACUUGAGGAAGCAUGAAGUCAGUCUCUCGCCCGUUUUUUAAGUCCUGAAAUGUCCGUACCAAUUUCCCUCCUUUUGCCCAUGUUUGCUCCGAGUUUGUCGAUGCAAAUGGGAGCAUGUUAAUUGGUAUUCCAAUGGGGGCAUUCUAUUCUAUUAAUUUGUAUUCCUUGAUGAACCACAACAUGCACCCCGAGGAACGGCCAACGUUUCUGACCUUCGCCUGUCUGCUCCAACACCAAAUCACAUCAUAAGAUUUUUCGAAUGCUUUUUCGAAUGCUUUUUCGAAUGCUUUUUCCCUACAGCUUCAUAUCAUUUUCUACCAUCUCUCUGAGUCUCACAAACAGACUCGCAUCAUGAAUCACUCUAUUACGGUACUUCACCAGACUCCUUUUGUUUCCCAACUCUUCCAAGAACUUCUCCUUGGUGUACGCACAACAAAUGUGUACAGGUGUG